UCUCCGAACUCAGUUGAGACUGCUACUUCAAAUCAGUGCACGGAUCAUGUCGACUCUCGAGUCAACUGAUUGUUGACUACAAUACUCGAGCUCUUGUCAAUGACCCUCAAAACGUUUCACUUGUAUCGCACAAUCAACCUCGAGCGCGUCCUCAGAGAGUCAAAAAGAAAAUCGGAUUCAGAAGCCACACUAUCUAAUACUCGUCUUCGUACAUGCACGAAAAUAUGGGAAACAUUGUCAAGAGACGAACUGGAACGUAGAUGGUUGGCGAGACAAAUAAAUGCGAGAAGAAUGAAGUCCAAGGGACUCACACCCGAAGAGAUCACUGCCCAACCCCGUGCAGAGCGCAAGCUCGAUCGUGCAAAGGAGAUUGCCGCCGCUGCAGAAGCAGAGACCACUUUCAAGGAAGAAAGUCGCGUCAUCGCGCCUGGUAUUGCGCCUGAUGGCACGCGAAUAACCCCCUCUGCUGCGACCUGGUGGAAACCAAAAUCCGCAUCCGUACCCCCGAAACAGUCGUUUCCAGACCUCGCACUAGAUGAAGAAGAAGAGAUUGAGCCUAUACAGGACCUCGGGCAUCUCCAACUCUUCCUUUAUGUGACCUUUCCCCUCGUCUGGGCACUUGACUGUUUGACCAUCAAUGUGUCCUUUACCCUCGCUGAAACAUGGAAUGCAUUACAAAAUGCUCACAUAACUUCGUUGGUCCCACAGCUAAACACACCGUCACCUCCACGUUUUGACAAUCCAUUCCUCUUAUAUCGCAUACCACCACCAUUGCUCCCUUGGCUGGUUUGGGCGCUUCAUGUUUGAAUCGCAGCGUUAGAGAGGCAUUCAACGUUCGGAACAUUGAAGAUCUCGGCGUGAUCAGAGCGUGAUCAAAGCAAAAAUGGACGAUGCUGAAAGGUGAUGUGGGUUAGUGAUGCGUCGGGAAAGCGAGAAAACCUUGGAUGAACGUGCGUCAAAAACGGUCGAGGGUAUGGGACGAGGCGAUGUGAUCUCCGCGCUGUCCCCACACGACACUGCAAUGAUGACGAGUGAACAACAAGGAAAGAUGAAAUGCUACAGCAUCUAAAACAUUUUUCGGGCCCACAAGCACAGUGUCAGCAACACUGGCGUAAAUAUUGGAAAUAAACAAGAGAUUGACGCUCUAGCUUUUGGAUUCACAGCCAUGAGCUCCGAAGUUCCUGUGCAAAUUUAAGAAAUAGCACAUUUUGCUGUGCUCACGUUGUAAAUUCUUCUUUCUCUCAACCUCUUGGUAA